CACGACGUCAGACUAGCAACAACCAACGUUCUAGCCGCUUCCAACUCGAUUGCACAUCCAUACCCCGUGAAACUGGGGACAACUUUGAUCCGUCAGCCCCAAAGUGAAUUGUGUAUCCCCUACAUUUCCGCCCUCUUUCCCGUCAAAGCUCGUCAGUGUUCGUAUCGACGUGUCCAGGUAAAGUGUGCACGGGUGUUCGGCGAUCGCCAUCCCAGAAAGGAUAUUUUUUUUUCCAUUCGUGAUUGCGCUUUUCCACGCCAAAUAAUGGCACGUCACUUGUCCGCCAUCGUCCGUUUGUGUUGGCUGUUUUGGCUUUGCUCGACGGCCAACGGUCUGUCCUUUGAAGAAUCAGUGCAACAACUGUCGAAAAAUUACGUGGAAAUCAAAGAAGUUUUGGAAGCCAAAGUCGUCCGUCUAGAGUCGAAAGUGAGCGGAUUGGAAUCGAAAAUCCAGCAGCAGAAUUCGCUGAUCGCUACGCUGCAAAAGGAAUGGCACAGCGAAGAGAUGGACAUGAAGUUGCACGAAACCAAGGCCAUCGUCGAGGAUUUAUCGAUCAGAUUAAACGGUAAGCUGAUACACAAUGAAGUAAUCAAAUGUUGGAUCAGGAUUUAAUUGGAUUUAAAUUAAAGAGAGGACGGGCGCCAUGGUGGAAAUUGGGAAAAUGCCGUCGUCGUGCUCCGACCUCCAGCGGAUGGGACAUAAACUCAGCGGACUCUAUUCGGUGAUCGGCACCCGAACGGUGGAAAUGGUUUACUGCAAUUUCUACCCCAAUGGCAAAGAAAUGCAAAAAUGGAUCGGGUUCGCCGACGUCAAAUCCUCGCCCACCUAUUUCUACGUGUCGAGAAGUAAUCCGUUCACCGAGACCAACACGCCCAUCACGUUCGACGUCGAGCAGCUCAACGUCGGGCGGGCCAUGAACCUGCAGACGGGCAAAUUCGUGGCGGCCAGGGCCGGCAAGUACAGUUUCUCCGUCUCGGGCGUGGCAUAUUUCCCUUACACGCCGCUGACUCCCGGCCUGUACAACGAAACUCCCGUUCUGGCCUCCUUCCGCUUUCAAAUCAGUUUGAUCAAAAACGGCAACUGGAUCGGCUCCGGCUACUCGCACACGACCAACACGGGUGGGACAUUCGAGACCUUCUCGCUUGACUCGACCCUCAGUUUGAUCAAAGGCGACCAGGUCUGGGUGGAGAUCUCGGAAAUGUCCGACAAGGUCCUGCUGUACGGGCGCCGCUUCACCCACUUUACCGGCGUCUUCCUAGAGGAGGAAUUCUCCCAGUAGCCCGUCGUCGUCGUCGUCAUCCACCACACACAUCAAUUCUUAAUAAUUACCUUUAAGACUUAUUCGCGUAGGUUAAAAUCAACUGUAAAAUUUCGGUCACACUAUGCAAUGAUCUCAAUGUAUACGCGCGCUUGAAUGAUUUCAAUACAACUUUUUCCCCGUU